AUGUAUAGCUUGGACCCCAAGCUGUGCCAUUUUUAUCAAUUGCUUCCUGACGACUAUUCGCAGACUCCAGGUCAAAGCUUUACCGGGGAUAUUACUGUUGAAUGGAGGGUCUUGAGGGAUGGGCAGUCGAAGGAUACGUUAUAUCCCAUACAGGCGGUAUUCUCGUACACAAGCGGACACGGGAUUCCCUGGGGGCAGAUAAUCCCUAUCUAUGAUAUCCUUAAAGGGCUAAAGCUUGGAUCUGCAUAUGCAAUCCGGUUCCCGGCAGCUCUUCUGUUUCCUGGACCGGGCCUGGAUGAACAAGCGGUUUUGAUACUGACAGUGAGGAAGAUUGCCGUGGAUAACGCCCGGCGAGAACGACUAACGCUAUUGGACGAGGUUCCCAGGGGUGUGGGAGGGCUCUUCUAUGAAGCGAUGUCACAUUCAAAAUGGAACCCCGAUAUCCAGAAGGAUGCGGAGAAGUGGGAAUCAGAGCUUGAACAUACAUCGCGUGCAUUUUGGUUUCAAUAUAGUAUAACAUAUUGUGAAAAAUUUGACCGGAGGGUGGAUAUCCUGAAAACAUUCCUUACGAAUAGCAGCAAGGUUCUCUCAUUUCACUCUCCUGUUUGA